AUGUCCCACAAGAUAGUCAUAAUUGGUGCCGGGUUUGCCGGAGUCUGGAGCGCACUCUCAGCCAAGCGUCUAAUCAAGCUUGCGAACAAGGAGGACGAAUUCGAGGUGGUCGUCAUUGCUCCCGAACCGAACUUGGUGAUGCGUCCACGACUCUAUGAAUCCAAGGCGUCCAGUUUGGUUCAUCCUCUCGCAUCCCUUUUUGAAGACGCACGUAUCAAGUUUAUUCCUGGUACCGCCAAGGCCAUACAUACCGAAGGGCACACCGUCGAUGUCCGAUCCGCUUCAGGUGUCGAGAGGACAAUCAAUUACGACCGUCUCAUUCUCGCUGCAGGGAGCUCCGUCAUCCGCCCCCGUGGUGUUACAGGUCUUCAGAAUCACGCGUUUGAUAUCGAUUCUCUGGAUGCUGCUAUCAAACUGGAAUCGCACCUCGAAGGUCUUGGCGCACUUCCGGCGAGCCCCGGCCGUGAUACCGUGGUCGUGUGCGGUGCUGGCUUCACAGGCAUUGAGCUCGCAGCCGAGCUGCCUCAACGACUUGGCCACGUCGCCAAUGCGCGCAUCGUUCUAGUCGGAAACGCCGAAAAUGUCGGCCCCGAUUUUGGACCCGGCCCGCGUGCCGUAAUAGCUCAAGCAUUGGCAGACCUCGGUGUCGAAUUCAAGCUCGGACCUGGGGUUUCGGCAGUUGAUGCCGAAGGCGUAGCUCUCGCAUCUGGUGAACGUAUCGAAACAAAGACAGUGAUCUGGACCGCUGGAGUGAGAGCUACGCCUUUAACAAAACAAAUCCCCGGCCCGAAGGAUGCCUUGGGUCGCCUUUAUGUUGACCGAUAUCUUCGUGUUUCGUCUGUUCACGGCGUCUUUGCCACAGGUGAUGCGGCCUGUGCGAUCGCCGACGGCAAAAGCCAGUACGCGUUGAUGAGCUGUCAGCAUGCAAAUCAGCUAGGCCGCGUAUCAGGUUACAAUGCCGCAGCAGAGCUCCUAGGUGCGCUGGUUGCCGGUGGUUGGGAGAGGGAAAACAUCAAGAUUUCAGGGGAUACAGCGAAGCAGGUGAAGUGCUAUAUCAACCAAAAGUUGAUAUACCCUCCUGACGUUAUUCAGGAGGCUCUCACCUCGGCUGACCCUAUGGACUUUGAUUCUGAUAAGCUGUUUGAACAGCUGGUCCAAGUGUUUGGAUAA